GUGCAUCACAAAGCGUUGAAGAAAGGUUGAUUUUCACGAUAGCGAAUUACAGGUGCUGAUCUGAGCUUUAAUAAGUGGACUAUAUUAUUCGGUAUAGCGAAUGUCUUCCUGACAUUGAAGUACUUAAGCAGUCCAGACAAUAACAGCCCCUGAAGAAGAAGUGGGCGUGUCAGGUUUGGAGAGUACAGUACGCACAACUGUCUGCAGUUGAAGUCAUUCAGUCAUUUUCGCAUCCUAGCGCUUUUUAAGGAGUAUCCAUCAUUUUUCAUUCGCUACCAUCUGAGAGUUUAGCAAGCCACGAUGAGUGACGCAGACCUCCAGAGUGUUUUCAAGUCUUUCUGUGCUUUCGGCGCCGGCAAAGAUGCCCAGCCGAUGAUGGAUAACGCCAAGUUCGGUAAAAUGUUCAGAGACCUGAAACUGUACGACAAGAAGUUUACUUCAACCGACACAGACAUCAUCUUCAAUAGACCGGAAGUGAAAUCUAAGACCGAGCGGAAGAUAAACUUUAGCCAGUUCAAGAAAGCGUUGGCACUGUGUGCUGAAAAGAAGUACGGAAGCAAGGAUGACGUGGGGAAACUUAUUGAAAAAAUUUGCAGUGGAAAAGGACCGGCCGCUGUGGGAGCAACAAAGACGGCGAAAGUGGGCGGAGUUGACCGUCUCACCGACACCUCAAAAUACACCGGAUCGCACAAGGAGCGCUUCGACGAGUCGGGCAAAGGGAAGGGACUAGAGGGUCGUGUAGACCGUGACGACAAGGCAGCAGAGGGUUACGUAGGCGGGUACAAAGGGAAGGAUUCUUACGAUAAAACACAUUAAAACGACAAGUGUAUCUUGAUGACAGUUACCUUUGAAUAACGGCCGAAAAAGGUUAUUAAUAUUUAAUUUGAAGCGGACAAUGCACUCAAAAGUUUUAUAUACGUUUUUUUCCAGUGUUUAGAAAUCUACAAUAAUGGAACUCUCGUAGUUACAUUAACCAUGGAGGAAAUAUAUAACAGCAAUGUGUUGUCUACAAUAAUGAUUAUUCGAAUGUUAUAUUCACAGGAAAUAAAACAAAAUAUAUAUAUACAUAA